CACAAACACCCUCCUGUCUCUCGCCCUCGCCUUCGCGGUUCCUGCCCAUCACGCCCCCCUGCCCUGCCCCCUCGCCGCCCUCCCCCGCCAUUUCCCCCUGGCGCUGUGCACUUUUGUGAGCCCGCUCACCGCCUCAUCCAGGCCGUGUCAGCGCGCACCAUGUCCGCAAGCCAAUUCUCCCGGCAGGCGUUCGACGCCUCGGCCGAGAAGACUGCCAAAUACGUGGAAACCCUGGGCCCGGCUCGCUCGCGGCCACACCUUCCCCUCUUGCUGGAGGGCAAAAUCCGCUCCCUGCCCGGCUCCGGCGCCUUUGCCAGCUACCUACGCUGCCUGGUGGAAAACCCCGGCGACGAGUCGGGCUUCAAGUCGGCCCUCGAUUGGACCAUUGACGAUGAGCUGCGGCGACUGAGCUCCGAACCGGCGGCCAUCGAUUUCGUGCCCGCCGACCAUCCCCCGGUGGAGGAUGUCUAUGCCUACCUGGCCAGCGUGUCGCGGAUGGACUUCACCGACUUCGCCGAGGACCAGCGCGAGCGCCAGCGCCAAGCCCAUGAGAAGGGCGAAGUCCUGCAGGUGGACAUGGAUGCCUGGGGCGGCGUCCCGCUGGGCAAGCUCAAUGAGCUGCCCUACCCCUGUUCCAAUGCCUCGCUCGGUCUCCACGCGUGUCGGGAUGAGCGUCGGCUCCUGCGCAACCGCCUGGAAACGGCCAUCGCCACGCGACAGAGCCUGGUCAACCGCAUCCGCACCAAUCGCCUGGCCGAGUACCGAAUCGGCCGCCGAGAGGUGGAGAACAUGUCCCAAGUGGCCCUGACGAUCAUGGAGCAGGAGCUGGAGGAAAUCCUGACCACCACUCCCGGCCAUCUGGGCCGCCUGCGCGUGCUGGACGCCCAGCUGGCGGAUUUGGCAAGCGCCGUGCGCGCGGCCGGGCGCCGGUCGGCUGCCAUCCUGGCCGUGCGGCCCAGCGACCCGGCCACCGAGCACCUGACUCAGGAGCAGCUGGUCCGGGUGGCGGUCGCGCGCCUGCGGUCGGCUCCCAUCGGCGGGCCCCUUGAGGGGUUCAGCCUGAAUGUCGGCGGAGGGGCCACCACGCCGCCGGUGCAUGCGGAUGCCGGUGAUCGAUCGCCCGAUGUCAUUCGCAUCCCCGGGUCCGGGGCCGAGAUCGCACGCGGCACCGCCACCGGCACCGCCACCACGCCCGACGGGAGCGACUCCAACACCGACGCCCAUACCGCCCCGACCAGCCCCGCAGGCGGGUCCCGGUCUCCAUCGGGCGGCAGCCCGGCCGCCGAGCUGCCCGGGCCCGGUGCUCCGGACAACUGGCCGGCCCUCGACGAUCCGGCCAUGGUGACCUGCCCGCCGGACUUGACCAUCACCCUGCAUGCCUUUAACCACCUGCAAACGGGGGUCUGGCUGGAGGACAUCGGCAUUCCGCCGGAGAUUGCCCAGCGUGUCAGCGACUCGGCCACGGCCCUGGCGGUGCUGGUCCGGCACCGGACCAUCAGCGAUGUUCGUCGAGUGCUGGACACUUCACAAGCACGCGCGGCCACCAUCGUCACGCGCGCCCUGCUGCUGGCAUACUCCGGCGGGGUGGCCGGCUGCGGCGGGUGCGGGCACCGGGGCCGCGUCCGGGGCGGUGCCCCGAGCGAUCUCCUGGCCCCGCAGCCCGAGGGCCUGGCCUGGCCAUUGAAGGUCAAGUACCGGGUGACCCGGCGCCCGGAGGUGGCCAAGAAGAAGAAGGGCGACCCGGCCGAGCCGGCGGCCGCCCCUGCCCCGGAGCCCAAGCCCCAGCGCCUGCUCUUCGAGCCGGAUUACUCCUGGUGGACCGAGGAUCCCGAGGCGCCGGUCCAGCCUUCGCCCGAGGAAUGGGCCGAUUUGAUGGACAUGGCCAGCUGCGAUGACGAGCUGGCGGCCGACAUGGAGGACUUCCUCACGCCGAAUGCCGUGCGCCAGGGCGGCAGCCUGGUGCCGGCCCUGCUGAGCCCGAACCUGUAUCCGGAAAUUGGGCGCCUGCGCCUCCGGCAUCUGGAGCCCAUCAGCCAGCGGUCCUGCCUGAACUGGACGCCGGCCCAGCUGGCCCGGCGCUGGCUGGCCAUGGAGUUCGCCAUGGCCCCUCCCAUGAAGGGCACCGCCCGGACAUGGGUCAAUCCCCGGGAACACCCGACGGAGGAGGCCCAGGAGGCCGCGGCCCAGGCCAUCAUCGAGCAGGCGCGGCGCGAUGCCGUCGGCAAGAUUGUCCUCACCAUGGACACCUUCUCGCGCAUUUUGCGCCUCAAUGGCCUGGCCUUUGCCACGCUCUGCCCCCGGGCGGCCUACGAUCUGCUGCCCCCGGCCCCGGCCCUGACAUACUCGGCCUAUUCGGCGGCCACGCAAAAUGCCGAUGACGGCAUUGUCGAGCAGCUCGAGGAGCUCGGCCACCUGAGCACCGUGGAGCGUGCUCGUGUGAUGAAGGCUCGCUCGCCGGACCAGCACCUGUCGGACGCCCGCAAGAUCAGCCCCUCGGCGCACAUGGCCGCCGCCGAGGCCGAGCGCGUGGCCCUGGGCCAGCGCAUCGCCGCCAGCGCCCGGCGCCUGCUGGCUGCUGACAUUGAGGCCGGUCGUACUCCCGCUUGGCUGGCCUUCUGGGAUACGAGCCGGCCCCUGAGCGAGCUGCGCAUCCCCUACGCAUUCUUCCUGGAGCGUUGAGAUGAGGCCGGUGGUGAUGCGCGUCUGUGUCUAUUUCUCUCUCUCUCUCUCCCUCCCCCGUGUGGAUAGAAAGAUGUCCUUUGACCAUAUUCCCUCCCCCACUCCUCCGCCCGUCCCUCCCCUGCCCCUUGCCGGCACCGCUGCAGAGAAGCCCCCGCCCUUUGAGAGUGUGAAAGGGGGCGAUCAUGUGCGAGCAUGCGAGCAUACACAGAGAAACGAGAGAAGCGACACGGCAUUGUGUGCGUGCGUGAGGCAUUUUGGGCCUUCGUGUAUUAUGUCCUUGCCCCCCCCC